UGGAUGAUAUAACAAAAUGCAUCAAAAUUGCAUUGCUGUGUACUGAACCUCGUCAUGCACUUAGGCCAACAAUGGGUGAAGUUCUUCAAAUGCUAAGUAACUUAACCAUGACCCGUCCAAUACUAUAGCGUUGAAGACUGUAACGGGAACAAAACAAAAAAAGUUGGCAAAAAUAUGACGUUUUUUAAAAUUGGACGAAAAUAGAAAAAGAUCCUUUCGCAAAUGCGUUUGUUGUCAGAUAAUUUUGUUUUGUUUUGUUUUGUUUUUUUUGUUUUUUCAUGGUUAAACAGACUCGUAUUGUAUACGAGACAGGUAAGUCCCACUUGUAUGUCUGUGAUUUUUUUUUAUUUAUUUAUUUAUUUAUUUUUUUUUUUUUUAAAGUUGGUCAUCUGACAUUUUUAAAAGUUGAAUGAAAAUAAGAAAAAUUCAUUUCUCAAAUGCAUAUGUUAACAGAAUAUUUAUUUUGUUUUUAUUUUUUUUUUUCACGGUCAAACAGACACGCAUGUCUCGUAUUGCUAUUGCGUUUAGUUCUGUAUUGUUUUUGUAAUUGUGAUAUUUGUCUGAGAAUUUGUUCUUCAUACUAUUCUCCAUCUAGCUGCUAAUAUGUUAUGGAGUUUUAUAUUUUUUGGAACGUUCAUUGGCUGCUGUGUUUAAUCUGUUGCAUAUGGUUUUGGUGUUUAGUAGUUUGUAACAGGUUGAUUGUGUCCUGUUUAAUUUUAUACGGAGUACAUUGCAGUCAUUUUCUUUGUAAAUCAAGUUUCUUUACAUCUAAAAAACGUGAAUCAGUAUCGUGAGCUCGACAUAGGAUGGCUAAUCUCCCUCAGGAUGAGAAUGCUUGAGAUAAAUGGAAUGGAAAUAGAGACAGAGUCUCUCCCUGAAACCGAACUGCCGACGGCAACCCCUCAGCCUGAAAACCAGGUACGUGACUUGACUGGCAAUUAUGGCUCGUGGAUGUUGGUAACACGAAGGGACAGGAGAGGACCGAGGAGAAACGAUGCUCGUCAAGAUUUUGGAAAACAAGGUACACCCUGCAAGGCAAGAGACCCACGGCAAGGUUUAGGAGUCCCAUCAAGAUUUGCCACCCUUCAAGGUCUAGAUGGAGAGGAGGGGGUGCCUAAUGUUCCUCUGCGCCAAUUGGCGUGGUGGUUGUCCUUGCUGGUUUGCGGCUUCCUUUUCUUUUUGUUUGCUUGUUUAAUGUUUUGCUUGAUUUGGAACUGUCAAGGGGCGGCUUCGAAGGCAUUCCGUCGCACCCUCAAACAGUUUGUUAGGAUCCAUAAUCCGUCAAUUGUGUGUCUACUUGAACCUAAGGUGUCGGGCCAGCAGGCGAAUGAAAUUUGCUCAAGCUUUGGUUUUUCCGAGUGGAUUAGAGUGGAGGCGGUUGGAUUCUCGGGGGGGAUUUGGAUCCUCUGGAAAGACUAUCUAACCAUUAAUAUUAUCCACACUCACCCUCAGUUCAUUGUCUUGCAGGUUGAUGAAGGCAAUAUUAUCAACUUCGCAUGGACCACGCACCCGAAGUUCCAGGAGCUUGUAGACCAGUCCUGGGAACCCAAUGAGGAGUUAGAAGCAAACAAAGCAUCGUUGGCAGCAGCUCUACAAGCCUGGAAUAAGGAUGUUUUUGGCAACAUCUUCCAAAAGAAAAAAGGGAUGCUGGCAAGAAUUGAUGGUAUUCAACGUAGUUUGUGUUUCAAAGCAACUUAUAAUUUGUUAAGGUUGGAAAGGAGGCUACGACCUGAAUUGGAAGAUAUCCUAUUCCAAGAGGAGCUUCUUUGGUACCAGCGGUCAAGAGAAGAUUGGAUAGCGUCGGGAGACCGUAACACACGAUAUUACCAUGCGGCUACCAUGGUAAAAAACAGCAACAAGAGAGUUUAUAGAUUGAAGGAUGACAACGGAGAGUGGAUUGAAGAGGAGGGACUGAUAAGAGAACAUGUUAACAGGGCCAGAUGGUAAUAAUAAAACAGUAUCAUUAUUGUUGUUUGCAUUGCUGCGGGUCUUAUCGGGAUUGCUAUAU